AGCACACAGACACAGCCCCAUAGUAAAACAUACCAAGCACACAGUUAACCCUUUGAUCGCCCUUAUAUUAAACCCCUUCCUGCCCAGUGCCAUUAGUACAGUGUCAGUGCUUAUUUUUAGCACUGAUCACUGUAUUGGCCAUGCAACACUGUACCCAUAUGAAAUUUUUAUCAUUUCUUUGUGACAGAGCUUUCUUUUGGUGGUAUUUAAUCACCUCGGGGUUUUUUAUUUUUUUCUUAAACAAAUCAAAAACCACUGAAAAUGUUGAAAAAAAAAAGUUUUUUCUUAGUUUUUGUUAUAAAAUUUUGUAAAUAA